AAUAAAAGAUUAGAAAUGGGCGACCGAGUGUAUGCAGCCGAAAAACUGAUGAAAAAACGAGUUAGAAAGGGACGGGUUGAAUAUCAUGUCAAAUGGAAAGGUUGGGGUCCUAAGCAUAAUACCUGGGAACCUGAAGAAAAUAUUAUUGAUACAAGACUUAUUGAUAUUUUUGAGCAAAGCCAAACUCGUACAGAAACCAACCAUAAACGUGGUCCUAAAAGAAAAGUACAAAAUUCACAUAUAGAAACACCAACUGCUGAUCCAAUAAGAAGUGAUUAUGAAGAUGAAAUAGCUGAUGGUGAUUAUACAAGCCAAGAUGAGUCUGAAAUUUCAACAGAGCCAAAUAAUAGUGCUCCUUUACUACCAAGGCAUGAUGAUGAAACUGAGGAAGAAAAACCAAAUGAUGAAGACUCACUAACAGAAAUGCCCAAGUUAAAUGCAGCUAUUAAAGUUGAUGUAAAAGUGGAAAAAGUAAUUGAUGAUAAAAAAAUUCAAAGUGAAGAAGUAAAUGUAGUUCAAGAAGAAGAAAAUUCAACUAACAAAUCUACAUCCAACAUAUCUAUCCCUAAACCAUCUAAGUCACCUUCUCCUUUAUCUAAACCACAUAAAGUUAAACGUAAAGCUGAAGUAUUGUCUAAAGAAUCAGGAAAAGUUGGUGUAACCAUAACGACCAGCCCUCCUAUAUCUGAAUCUAAAGUGCCUAAAUUACAAUCAUCAAGUAUUCAAAAUUCUAAUAACACUAUAGUGUCACAAAGUACUCAAGAUAGUGGAAGAACACCUAAAAGAAAAUCUUCUGACCAUGUAUCUCCAGUUGUUUUACCCAGUCAGAAAUCUACAGGUCCAGAAAAUCAACACUUAACAAUCACUGCAAUACUCCAGAGUACUUCAACUAGUGUUAAAUCAAGAGAUACUCUAGCUGCAGCUGCGCCUAUUAGCUCUAGAACAUCUGAUGAACCAGCUAGGCCUCAAGAAGAUGCAGCAACUGCUGUAACCCAAGGGGCUAGUGGUCAACACCAAGUUCUAGAUACAGCAUCCAUUGCUGAAACACCUACUCAUCGAAUUCAGUAUAAAACAAUAUUAGCUAAUCCCGGGCCUGAAUAUUGGCUUGCACGUAAUCCAGUAGUUGAUAAUGUAUUUAUAACUGAUGUUACUGUUAAUUUAAAUACUGUUACAAUAAGGGAGUGCAAAACUGAAAAAGGGUUUUUUAAGUCUAAUGUUGAAGCUAGGCUUUAAUUUAAUUUAUGUUAAAUUUAUAUAAUAAAAUCAUUUAAAUAGUUUUAUAUAAGCAAUAUAUUUUUUAUGCUUGAAAAAAUAUUAGUAUAUAUAUAUAGGGUGAUAUGAGGUAUUAUAUAGUUAUAAUUUAUUAUGUUGACGUAAUUGUAACUUAGUCAAAUAUUACAUAAAUGUAUACCUUGAAGUAUAGUACAGAAUCAUGUUUAAAAUACUUUUUACUGAUAAUAUUCAAUUUAAAACUAAAAUUUAAUUAUGUUAGAAAUGUAUCUAAAUUUCAAAUUAUUAAAAAAGGAAAUCCACAUAUAAAAAAAUCACUCUAUAUAAAAUUAAGGAUGUUUAAAUAAAUAUUUUAUAGCUAUAUUAUAUGGUGGAUGUUAAUAUUUUAAAUCAAAACUUAAAUACUUUUAGCAUUUUUAACAGCAUCUAAACUUUAUUUAACCAAUAAAAAUUUCCGUAACUUAUUACAGACCUUUAUCAUUGAAUUCCAUAUUAAUUUAGGUUUUCUAUAAAACAAUAUUUUUUUACUACAAAUUCAAUGUUUAAAUUAAAAGCUCUCUUGAUAUAAACUUAAGAUGAAUUGCUGUAUCUAAAUCAAAUAAUAUACUUUUCAUACAAAAGUAGAUGGUCAAAUGAUCUCUAUUCUCGCUUUAAUUCUUUAUUAAAUAAUAGUCUAUAAGACAUGCAAAAUAUGUUCAUAAAAUUAUAUCAUUAUUUUUAUGUACAGUAAAAAGUUAGCUGGGUGAUAUUGGUCAUUGAAAAACAACAAUGUAUGAAUAACAAAAAAGAGAUUAUUAAACAAUUAUUAUCAUCAUUUUUAUUAUUAUAAAUAAUAUCAUCAUAUUUAUUGAUUGUUAAAGAAAACUUAGAUAGCUUUUGUGACUAUGCCAUAAAUAUGAACAACUAUGAGUAUGCAUGUACAUUUUCUAUUAUUUAUUUUAUGUUAUAAAUAUUUCUAAUAAUUAAGUGUAAGUGUUAUUUGUUAUUUAGACUAUGUUUCUCUUCAAUCCUUUUGUCUUUAUUCUUAUUAAUUUAUUAUUUAAAUCUAAUGUAUUAUAUUAUUAUUAUUUAUUUUAUUAUUACUAUUAUUGCACUUAAAUAAACUUAAUUACUAAGCACACAUAAAGAAACUGAUGUAAUUCCCAAUGUCUUAGCUUUAAAAUUCUGUUUUUUUUUUUAUCAGUUAUAUUAUAAUCGGUAUUUUUUUAAUUUAUAUAAUAUUAAAUGUAAUUAAUAUUUUUAGAAUAUUGAGCUUAACAUUAAGUAUUAUAUUUUAUAAUAUAACUGUUAAGUUUUAAUGACAAUUUCUGAAACUCCAAAAAAUUAGUUACUAGGUGGAAAAAAUUUAAAUGUUAACAAUUUUUUUUUACUAAAUUUCAGUUUAUUGGUGAAGAUCAAAUUUAAUAAUUCCUUAUUAAAGUUUUUAAUUGUGUAAUAAUACUAUCUAAUAUACCUGUAUUUCUAGUCAUGGCCGGACUUUUUCUGUUCAAAAUCAACAACUAUAUUUUUCUUAAUUUUAAAAAUUAUUUUUACUUUUAUUAUGUAACAUUUUGUUAUUGUUUAUUAUGAACUUUGAUAAGAAAUAAGUAUUGAAUAAAAAAAUACUUCAUUAAUUAUGAUUAUUGUAUUACAAUUUAAUUAAUAUUCAAUUGUUUAGCAGUUGAAAAUAAGGUGAUGCAAUAAUACAUUGUAGAAAUUUACUAGUUAUAUGU